GACAGCUUUAAAGGUUAGGUUCUUCCCUCAUUCCAAUGCCGGGAUUUUACUUCUUUGAGCUCUGACAAGUUUUCUCACAAAGCAAAACCAGAUGGUUCUCGAGCCAAAGAAUUAACCGCCAUGGAUGGUAUUGGGGAAUCUUCUGAAUCUGCGUCUGCAGUAUCCAGUUCUCAAUUGAAGAGCAAUGGGUCUUUUCAUGAAGAUGAUAGGUCCCCUAAGCAAGUGUCACCUCUUAGGGGUGGUGGGUCAAGGAAUACGAGUCCAUUGGGGCGGAUAGGAUCAAGGAACACUAGCCCUUCAAGGCAGAAGGCGAUCAAGACCAAACCACGUGGAUUAGAUGAGGAAAGGGUUGCUACAUUUGGUAAAGCUGUUCACCCUGAUGUUCAAAUGGAAGAUAGUAUAUGGGCAAUGUUGCCCGAAGACUUGCUGAAUGAGAUUUUAGCUAGGGUUCCGCCGUUUAUGAUCUUUCGCCUACACUCUGUUUGUAAAAGGUGGAAUUCGAUUCUUCAAGAUAGUAGUUUUCUUAAAUUCCACUCACAAGUGUCAUCUCAUGGGCCUUGUCUUCUUACAUUUUGGAAGAACUCUCAGACCCCACAAUGCUCGGUCUUCAGCUUGCCUUUGAAAACGUGGUAUAAGAUUCCAUUCACAUUUUUGCCACAGUGGGCGUUCUGGUUGGUUGGUUCUUCAGGUGGUCUUGUUUGCUUUUCUGGGCUCGAUGGGCUAACUUUCAAAACUUUAGUUUGUAAUCCCCUCACGCAAACUUGGAGGACGUUGCCGAGCAUGCAUUAUAAUCAGCAAAGGCAACUGAUCAUGGUCGUUGAUAGGACAGACCGAUCAUUUAAGGUAAUAGCCACUAGUGAUAUUUAUGGUGACAAAUCAUUACCCACUGAAGUAUAUGAUUCCAAGCUUAACACUUGGUCACUUCACCAGGUAAUGCCUGCAGUUAAUCUUUGCUCCUCGAAGAUGGCAUAUUGUGACUCCAAAUUGUACUUGGAAACCCUUUCACCGCUUGGUCUGAUGAUGUAUCGGAUGGAUGCGAGUUAUUGGGAACACAUUCCAGCUAAGUUCCCAAGGUCUUUGUUGGAUGGUUAUUUGGUUGCUGGAACCCAGAAGCGUCUCUUUCUAGUUGGAAGGAUCGGUCUUUAUAGUACGCUUCAGAGUAUGAGAAUUUGGGAAUUGGACCAUGCAAAAGUUAUCUGGGUGGAGAUUAGCAGGAUGCCGCCAAAGUAUUUUCGAGCUUUGUUGAGGUUAUCAGCUGAGAGGUUUGAGUGCUUUGGUCAGGAUAAUUUGAUCUGUUUCACAUCUUGGAACCAAGGGAAGGGCCUUUUGUAUGAUGUGGAUAAGAAGAUUUGGUCCUGGAUUGCUGGCUGUGCUCUUCAGUCAUACAACAGCCAGGUUUGUUUCUAUGAGCCAAGAUUUGAUGCUUCCAUCUACUGAGGAAAUUUUGCUUUGCGGUGUCCACUUCAUCUAUUAUAUGAGGUUUAUAAGGAAUUAGUAUCCUCAUUUUGCCUUUUCUCUAAUUUCCUUCUUCUGCACAUCCAUGAGAAAGGUUCUUCACUAAGCUAGUCACUUCAUCAUUCAAUUCCUUUGAGCUUUCAUGCUAUAUCAGCAAUAAAGGUGCAUCUGAAGAAAAAGGUCUUGUUGAAGAUUUUGUUCAUGCAAGGGUGAUAUCACCUUGUACGAGGGCUCUGUAAUGCACAAUGAUUGAGCAAGGUUGUAGUUUAGAUAAGGCCUAUGCUUGUUAAGGAUGUAUGCAGAUGAUGACAUCUAGGGAAGGAACGCCAGAAGGCAAUUUUCUUUCCUACUCUUGUAAAAUAUUUGAAAUUGAGUUGUACAUUCCAGCUAAAUAUCUCUAACUUUUAAUGCUAUCUUGCUUUUCUAUUAACUA